AUGGGUAUGCAUAUUGACCUCCCAUCUCGGCUUGAAUCCGCCCAAGCCAAGCAACAUCAUCUGCAAGCACGAACCACAUGGUACAGAAUAACAGUGCCAUUUGGAGAAUGCUCCGAUGUUGGAGAGGAAUGGCAAGCGAGGGCAACGCACGGCGAAUCUUGGCAUGAUGCCCGACUCCACGAGACCUCGGCAGAGCCAAAGAAAGCUGCUUAUGUGGUCAGAGGAAUAUCCAUGCAACAAGUGCUGGGAGACAGUGAAGAGCGUCUGACCGCCAUAUGCGAGGUAACGCUUUUGGAUGACAUGAAGCGCGUGGCAGAUGGAAGCGGGAAAACACCAGCGAGACCGGUAGCUAUUACCUGGCGCAAGAUGAUGACUGGUUCCAACCGUUGGAACAAUGUACCUGGUGUGAGUACGGCGUUCAAUCAGCCUGCAACGCUUGCCUGUUUAAUCGUGUACAUGGCUUCGAAUGAGAAGGCCUGUCCCCUCCUGCAGGCAGUGACCGGAGAGCCGGAAAGUCCUCCUAGCUCCCAUCUCCCGCAUGCAGCUAAUAGAUUCAGUAGCAUCCAAAGCAGGAUGAGACUCGCGAGCCAGAUAUGGAAGUACCUGGCAGAGUACUGGUACAUGCGCAUGUACCAGUAG